AUGUUCAAUGGUCAACAGUAUGUCAUGUUUGGCCAACGAGUGGCCACGCAGGCUGCGCCCUACCACUAUGACGCUAGUGUCGUUGAUAGCAACAAUGAUACCCUGCCCUGGAACGUCACGUUCUCAUGUGCCACCCUCCCCACGCUGUCCCUCAGCAUGCACUCUGGACCCUUUGUCCGGAAUAGGGUGUUCCCAGCCACGCUCAGGGUAACCCCGCCUACCACUGACAACUUCCAAGCGACUGUGCUGGUCAACGAUCCAUUCAACGAGAUGUUUGGAGAGUACACGUGUGCAUCACAGCUGUUCGUGUGCCAGUUAUCAUCCUACCGAAAGGGCCCUGCUGGUGCCGCCACUUCCAGCCUCCUUCUGGUGCUUCUCUACCCCAAGGCCACAGACGUGGGCGACUACACCCAGCCCAUCAAUCUCACCGUCACCAACACCUUCCGUACGGCCAACAUUAUCUUCCCGCCGCUGACCAACAACACAGCUACAGUGACAGACAGUGCCAAUAUAUUUCUGAAUCAAUAUGAGACUGGAGUAGUCCUAAAGAGACCCAAUCCCAACUUUGGAGCCAUCAUCACAUCAAAGAAUGACAAUGGACUGUACUUUGUAAAUACCAACGUAUCUGCCAGCCAGCAGUUCCUGUCAUACUUCAAAGCGUUCAAGCCUAUUCAGAGCUAUAUCGAUGGUCGCGUCGACAACCUCAUGCUGGCAACCAUACAAUUCAACCAAAUCCAGAUAUUUGAGGCCUUUACCUCUCCUUCUCCAUUCAUCCCUUACAUCAAGCCACCAUAUAAACCUCUUUACACCCAAUCCAAACCACUACAAGUAACGAAUUGGACUGAAGGUACACAGUUUGGAUCCAGCUUCCUCUUGCCAAACUAUCGGUCAUGUUAUUUUGGAUACCUAAUGCUAUUAGUGGGUCAGGACGACUCAUUAUACUAUCCAUUUGGCGUAACCAAUGUUGCUAAUGGUGGCAACACCACCAUCUCCUUCACCUACUACAACUCUGCCUAUACCCUUCCAAACUCAAGGACUCUCCUUGACUGCUACUAUUCCUCUGUUGGUGUUUAUUGGCCAACACCAUUCAAUCUAACUGAUAAUACACCACCUGUUGCAGAAUUAUUCGAGAUAUUGCCACUUGGUGGUACAAGGUUCUUGUUGAGGGGGACGUUUAGUGAUGCUGAAUCUGGAGUGGCGAGGAUAGCGAUGUACUUCUCAUCUGGUACGUUGUACUACGUUGAUAUCACUGACUUGUAUGAUGGCAAUCAGAAGUAUGGCAAAUAUGAGAAGCUACUCGAACUCAACUAUAAGCCUGGCGAUACUGUCAAAUACGAUGUGAUGAUGAUGAAUGGCGCCUCCAACGUAUCACCCUCCAACGUUGGAUACAACUCAUUCCUCCAAACACCACAAGGUUUCUCCACUGGCAACUAUGUCGUUGGCGCUGAAGACUUUACAGUUUUCUACUUUGACAAGUAUGAGAUGAAUGUGACCACGACAUCCAUGAACAACAAGUUGUACUUUGGUUGUCCAAAGAUAUUGCCAAGCUGGAAUAUAACACUAUUCUAUGGAUCAGAAAGAGAGAAUCCAAACUACAUAGCCUACGGUACUUACGAUGUCGACCUCGGUCUGUUCGUCGUUCCAUUCACUGUUCCAGCUCGUACAAUUACACGACAGAUGCAGUACUACAUCCGUGCUAUGCUGCCCCCUGGCGACACAUUCUCCGUCUUCAAGACAAAGGACAUCACUGGCUUUGUUGGUACCCUAUCCAUCGACGGCACACUCCUCCAGAAACAGUUCCCAACAACAUCAAUCGUCAACAUCAAGUCACAACUUGGUGAUGAGAUGCCACCCAUGAUCACUGAUUGCACUGCCAUGCCUGGUAAGACAGUGGACUUGACAACUGGAGGAAAUCAAUCAAUUGGCUGGAAGUUCUUUAUACAGGAUAGUGGCAAUGGAUUCUUAAGAGGUGUGAUAAGAGUGAUCAGCGAGAUUGAUGGUGAGCCGCGCAGAUUCGAGUUCACACCGGCCAACAGGACAGGUGGCGAUCAAUAUGCUGGCUACUACCAGAUCAUGUUUGGCGUUGACUCCAACUUCCGUAGUCAGACCUUCACAUUCCUGGAUAUUGAACUAUUCGACAACUCUAUGAAUCGUGGCUUCUACUCAUCUUUUGAUGUCGACACCAGAGUUAUAUCUCCCUUAACCUUCAGCUUGACAGCAACCAGAGUACAAGAAUUCAAUAUCAAGUUGCUAACAGCCACAACUGAUGUAACAGCACCUGUUUUGGAGACAUUGGAACUCCUCACACCGAGAGUGGACGUCGGAUCACAUGCAAGGAAUAUUGAUGUCAGGUUCACUGUUCGAGAGUCUGGCACUGGAUACAGCAAGCGCCACAUGCCAUUGGUCUAUCUUACAGGUUACGUACAUGAGACCUACAAACUGACAACAACAUCAAUGUCACAAGUAGAUGAUGUAUACACGUUCACUGCAUCUGGAAUGAUUCCAUAUGCAUUCGCGACCAUGACCAGUGGCGCGGUGAUUGGUGGAUCAACCUUGGCAUUCAUCUCGGUCUACGGCUUGGUGGACAACAGUCAGAACAUCAAUGGCUACAGCACUGAGGACCUGCCCGUCACGCCACUGGUGGCGCGGACCGUCGAGAUAGUGUACACGCACAUCACACCAAUUCUCGAGAGGGCAGUGCUUGGCCAAGGCGUGAUAACAGUCAUUGGCAAGAACUUUGGACCCACGGCAACAUUGGUCGACGCACUCAACAUUGGCAAUGCAACAGUAUUGUUCACCAAAACGUUUGGUUCAGUUGUGAUUGCAGUGUUCAAUGUAUCCAAUCAAGUGCAUGAGAACAGGACAUUGACGAUACAACUUAGGAAUCAGCCUGACAACUCAACAUACUACUCCAACAAUUUGACCGUCAGAUACGUCCCACCACCCAAUAUCCCUGUGAUCACAUGUCCAGGCACACCACCAUGUUCCGGCAAUGGCUAUUGUUCGCCAACCUUUGGAUGCCAAUGCAUUGGUACAUGGUAUGGAGAUGACUGUUCAUCACAGGCGGUACCAAUUGCCCCAGUGAUCAAUCCAGAGAGCCCAUCAACAGUAUACACAUUCAACGAGACAGGUGUGAUCAUUGUUGGUGAGAUAGAGAUUGUGAGAGUGAGGGUGUUGGAUCAACUUGGUGCAGAGUUGGCAUCAUAUCCUUUGAAUCAAUGGAAUACAUCAAGCACAUCCAAUCAAUCACGAGACUAUCUUGCUCAAUAUGGUCCCGAUGAUCUUAGUAACGUCGGUUUGAUCAAGGUCAAUGUACGAUGGUUCACAGAGGAUGAGAAUAUAACAUUCGCAGGCGACAUACUCCCGAUGAAGAAGAACACGAUCAAAUACACCAUCUCACUGUCCAACUACACAUUCCCAAGUCAGUUGGAUUCGAUGCAAGUUGUGAUGCGAGCCACCAUCAACACGACCGAUGCCAACUCAUGCUCCAUCCAACAGUAUGGCUACACAGAUGAUAGUGAUGGCAACAAGGACAACCUGUUCUGGAUGCGUGUCAAGGUGCAGAGUUACAGUGUGUACGGCCACUUCAUCCAGAAGGCGAUGGUUGAUGGCAGAGUGUCAGCCGUGUCCAACGUGCUCCUCAAUGACACGGUGCAGACUGUGAACGACACUCAAUCAUCACAAACACUGAUUGGCAUCAAUGUGUCGGCAUUCACAAGACAAGCCUACUUGGACCCAGACUUCCAACUGCUGCUGGACACCGAUGAUGCCAAGGGCAUGAAUGGCGCAUUCUGCAAACGAUCAUCAUCAUCAUCAUCAAAGUUAUCACCACUGGCCAUCGCUGGAAUCGUUGUAUUAUGCAUUUGCUUUGUGGCCGCCAUUGUAGUGGCCAUUGUGAUGAGGAGGAGAUCACUUAAAAAGGAACAGAAAGAAGUGAAGCGUAUCAAUAUGAAGCUAUCACAACUCAAAUCACAACAAAAUCAAAGUUGA